AUGUAACGAACUAUUGUAGUUUUAGCAGGAUAAUCUUCUUUAUCUACAUUGAAUUGUUAUAAUUGGAAAAGGGUGGGCGAGAGUGGUAGUAUAGGGCAUGAUAUGGAAGAUGAGGAGAUUGACGCUGCAAUGAGUUGUUUCUGUGCCAGGGAUUAGGAUUAGGUUAUGUGUGGGCGUUCAUUAGGAUUGGGAAGAAGGAAGUAGCAGGGAGAAGUGUUGUGUUGUGUUGUGUUGCGUCGGAGUGUGUGAGAAUGGGAUCGUGCGUCUCCAUGGCGGGGGCGCCAUCAUCGUUGCCUUCGAAGGAAGCCGGUGAUGAUGAGCCGUGGAGUGCAACAGCAUUGUCGGAAUAUAGGAUUGAAAUGAGGGUCCACAGAGUUCCUGGCAGAUUCUUCUUGAACGCUUCAUCGCAGAUUGCUUCCCUCUACGGCAAACAAGGCUGCGGAGGGAUCAACCAGGAUGCAAUGCUGGUUUGGGAAAACUUCUGUUCCAAUGACGACACCGUUUUAUGCGGUGUCUUCGAUGGCCACGGACCUAAUGGCCAUUUGGUUGCAAAGAAACUGAGAGAUUCCUUUCCGUUAAAGCUGAUGGCACAGUGGAAUCCCCCAAAGUCUGACACCGCCAACACCAAUACCAAUUUCUUUAGCACAUCCAUCAACGACUUGGAACCUUGUACCGUUGCCCCGACCGACAUGGCCAAGCUCAGACAAUCCUUUUUCAGAGCUUGCAAGGUGAUGGACAGAGACCUCAAACUGCAGAACAAGAUCGAUUGUUCCUGUAGUGGCUCCACGGCUGUAAUCUUGCUGAAGCAGGGCCACGACCUCCUUAUUGCUAAUGUGGGUGACUCCAGAGCUGUGUUGGCUACCCAAGACCGCAAUGGUUCCCUCACCGCCGUUCAGUUGACCACUGACCUUAAGCCGGAUCUUCCAAGGGAAGCAGAGAGGAUAAGGAUCUGUAAGGGAAGAGUGUUCGCCCUUAAAAAUGAACCGGGGAUUUAUAGAGUAUGGCUGCCCAAUGUUAACUCCCCUGGCCUUGCCAUGUCAAGGUCUUUUGGAGAUUUUUGUCUCAAGGACUUCGGACUCAUCUCUGUUCCAGAACUCUCCUAUCACCGCCUCACUCACAGGGAUCAAUUUGUUGUGUUAGCCACAGAUGGGGUAUGGGAUGUUUUAUCAAACCAACAAGUUGUGUCCAUUGUGUCAUCUAGUCCACGCUCUUCGGCGGCUCGAAUGCUGGUUGACGAAGCUGUUCAGGCAUGGAAAACCAAGCUUCCCACUUCUAAGGUUGAUGAUUGCUCUGUAGUUUGUCUCUUCCUUGAUUCCAACUCCGACUUAACACGAUCAACUACCAACAACGACCGAUCAAAUGUCGUUGAGCUGUAACCACCACUACUUAGAGUGGAACCUUCACCAAAGUGCCCACAGUAUCUACCUUUUAUGUCAACCAUCACUCUCUUUAUUUUGAAGGACUAUUUGGCUACAUCCCCAAUUUCAGAAAUACACUCUCAUCCUCUAAGUUACAAGGAUGAA